UUAACCUGCAGAAAGGGGAAAAAGAUAAAGAAGCCAACUUUUAACCAGAUCCAAUAAAUCUAGUGGAAUUUUGAAUGAAGAAUAUGAAUUAAUGGCGACAACUUUCAGUUACACAAAAAGGAGGCGAAGAACAAGAAAAACAAUACAACAGACUCAACACGGAGGCAGCCAGGUGGAUAAAAAAUUGGACGAACAUGGCGAAGAAGAAAGAUGCCAAUACCCACCUUGGAAAAAGGGGUGGGGUGGGUACCCAAAUGCCACGGGGAGUGGAAAGAAUGCUUGAAUUGUGAUUAAUCAGUAAUGCACAAUCUGUAAUCUAAGCAAAAUCUAAGUCUUCUGUCCUCUAAUGGAAGAGUUGCAAAGGUUUCUCAUUUUUCUUAAGGGUUUUGAAGCAAGAUUGAUCAGUCUCAUUCUUCAGGGCGUAGGAGCACUGUGAGAAUUUUCUGGACUUAAUUAAAUAACGGAGCUUUUAAACGGAAAGCAAAAUCAACUCUAAUGCAGCGUGAUUCUGGUAACUCUUACUUACCCACUAGAAACCAUGCUGGUGGUGCAAGUCUUGGUCGAUCCAAUUUAAUUCCCAUUAAUAUGACACCUUACCAUGGUUCACACACUCCAUAUAUGCUGGGUUCAGAACAAAGGGCUUCUCGGUCAAUCAAUCUGUCUCUGCCAGCGGUAGCUAAUCUGAACCUUGAAAAUGGUGCAGAUGGGUCAUCAGCAGCUUUGGCAAGCUCUCACUCUCGCUCAGGAAGUAACUAUUCUAACUGGAGUCCAACAAUAAUUUCGGCAAAUGUAUCAAUCGCAUACCACCCUGAAAGAAAUUAUUUUUCCUGCUGGAUUCCAGCAGCAAUGCUACCGAUCAUGCAUGCUCCUAAUUUCUUUGUACCACUGCCACAUAUGCCAUGGAACUGGACGUAUAGCUCUUUCUCUGUCCAGGUUCCGUCAGUGUAUCAUAUGACUGGAACAAUUCGAAGUGAGGUGAUUUCCCGUCAAGAUAGCCUGCCGCUUGUUCCUGCUUCUCAGUUUCAACAAAUUAGUCUUGCUCCAGGAGCUGAGAGAGUAAUUACAGGAGAGAACAUGGUGAACUCCAGUUUUGCAGUUCAACAAGUAAUUUUCCGGGUAAAUCACAGCCCGAGGUUCAUGGGUGAUGACUUUUUGCAUCAUCAUUUGCUGAGACAAGUGAACCACGGACCUGGUCCUACACCACUGCAUCCGUACAAUUUUCACAUGGCACAACAUGGUGGAGGACAAAUUGGUACGCGUCAAACUUUUUAUGUUGGCAUAGAGAACAUGAGUUAUGAGGUUUUGUUAGCCUUUCAAGACCAGGUUGGAUAUGUCAGUACAGGAUUGAGCAAGGAAGUCAUUUUAGCACGUAUGAAGUGCAUCAAGUAUCAGUCAAUCGCAAUAUCUGUGAAUGACAGCGAUAGGUGUUGUAUUUGUUUGGACAACUUUUGUGAUGGGCAGACCAUUGGAUUUGCUGACUGUGGGCACUACUUCCAUUUUGAUUGCAUCACCGAGUGGCUCAUGCAGAAGAAUUCUUGCCCUCUCUGCAAAAGGACUGCGUUAACAACUUGAGGAAGUACAAUUUGCUCUAGCAAGUUUCUCCGGAACUUGAAUUUUAUUGCUUUGAACCUAUAUAUACGUUUAUUUCAAUUUAAGCAAUUUGUUAUACUUUUGAUGACAAUUAAUAAGACCUUUCAAACCUUGA